AGAAAGAAAUGUCAACACAAAAUGCCGAGUAGUGUCGCAAUAUUUUUUAACAUACGAAAGAUAUAAAUUACUGAGUAGAUGUACUUGAAAUGAUUUCAAUAAUGAUUCCCCUCAUGGUUUUAUGGGCUAAGGGCACUAAUGCAGAAGAUUAUUACUACAACCCUCAAAAUUUGACAAAGGCCACGCUAUCUGGUAUUGCGGCCUAUAGAUCAGCGCUGACGCUGGACUGGUUAGCUGCGGAAGACCAGCGGCAGAGGGAACUCGCUGCAGCCUUCGAAACUGAACCUGCUCCUCCAGCAAGGAGUUUAUCGACUGACUGCAUCUCGUAUGCAAGACCAGCGUCUGGGAAAGUAGCAAGGUUGAUGCUGGAGUUGCUGAAAAAUUUGGAAGGUGAUGAAGGCAACAUAGUGACAGAUCUGAUUCAAGCACUAGUGCGCACCAAACUGCUGGUUGAAACAUCCAUGUUGGAUGCAGAACCAGACCUGGACUCCUUGGUCAAGACUCCAGGCGUAAUGAUGGGAGAACCGCACACUACAUUCCCCAGGAUUCUGGCUAUGACCUGGAUGACAGUUACAGAUCCUGUCACCACUAAAAAAUUCGGAUGGUGUCCUAUAAACAAGGUAAACAAAUACUUGACGGUAACGAAGCCGAUUACGAUAGCGAAGCAGAUGAAAGCACUGGAGCCCGUCAUCGCUCGAGCCAGGUUUAUCAUGGAAGAAUUUAUUCAACACGUUACUCCACUGAAUAUGUACCAGAAGAAGUCACCAGAACCAGUCACAAAUAUGGCCAAAUUAUAUCCAGAAGAUGAUAAUAAUAUAGCAGCAACAACAACUGAAACGCAUUUUAAAUCUAUGAAGCGGCCUACACGAACUGUCAACACGGUACGAGCAGUGCACGUGGCUCUAGCACAAUCUGGUACCACGCCUCAGAUGGAACUGGAGCAUAUGCCGAGAAACGUAGAAAAUGAAAUUCUGGCAUCAUCCUCGCAAAUAAGUCUAUGUCAUUUACCACACACACCUAUAAUCAUCUUUCUUAUCAUUUUCUACGUUAUAAACAUGUUUUGAAAUUAAAAACUGUGUUCGAUUUAAUUAUAUUCUAACAUUGCGACUAUCCACUAAAAUUUUAGUGAUAUUACCGCAAUCCUAAGUUUACUUGUCAAACAUGGGGAUUAUAGCAUGAUUUUGGCUCCCCAGCGAGGUUUGAAACUAGUCGAGUAACGUCGUCGAACAGUUAUGUGAGUAAACCAUGUAAUAUUAACUAAAAUAAAAUACAAUUUGUAUCUAAAAUAUAAUUUAUUUAAUUUUCAAUGUAAAAUUAACACUUAAAAUCUAAUUGGGAUCAUCAUACUCACAUUCAAAUUCAAGAUAAAUAUGGAAACGUACACAGCACCAGUUUUGUACAGGAAGCUUAAUUUGAUACAUUUUUAUAAACAAACUAGUCAGGAAUUCAUGCUACCUUCUAUUUUACCUACUAACAAAUAUUGGUCAAUUUAUUUCAUACAUAAUUUUAUUUAUCGUUACAUAACAUUUAUUCUUUCCAUGCAUA